AAAAAAAAAGAAGAGAAAAGAAAGUAAGAAGAGAAAAGAAAAGAAAAGAAAAGAAAGCAAAAGAAAUUUGUGUUGUGUGUUCUAAAUCGGAGAGAAAUGAAAGAAAAGUUCAAACAUUUCUCUCGAAAUCCUUCCAUCUGAAGGAAAUUAGGAGGGAAUCCAUUUCCUUCCACUUCCCAAGGAAACUCGGAACAUGCAGGAAUUUCUCUUCUGAAUCCACAGCAAUUCCCCAACAGUUUUGAAAUCCCUAAUUCCACACUCUUCCUCCUGCACAGAAUCCUAAUUUUUCCAUGAGUCUCAAGAAUUAGUGUUUAUUGAUGGCGACAACGAUUAAGAAGAAAAGGAAUCUUGUUGAGGAGCAAAAGAUGAUGAUGAUGGAGGCAUAGAACAAAAUGGGUGUUCUAAAUCUGAAACAGAUGCGAAGGAGAGUGUUCCGAAGAAGAGAGGCAGAAAACUAGUUUGGAAGGAACAACGGGAACACCAGUACUGCUACUAAACCUCCAGAGAAGAAGAAUAAACCACGAGGUAGUCUGGAAAAGGGCACUGACAAAGUAAUAAACAACAAAGAGAACAGAAAAGAGUAUAUGAGGCGCAAAAGAAGUACUAGGGAAGAUGGUAUUAGUUAUACGACUUCCAUUUAUGAUGAUGAUGUAGGGCAGAAGAAACCCCGGCAAUUGGCUCCAAAGAAAGAAAAUACGGGCGGAGAGGAACAAGAUAAAAGAUCCCAGAAAGCUUCGAGCUCAGGCAAGAAGGAUGGUUUAAUGCCAAAGCCAAAGCAUUAUGCAGAGAGCAAGGUUCCAGAUGAAAAUGGCAAUCUAGUUCAUGUAUCAUCAAUUAUUUGCCAUCAGUGUCAAAGGAACGUCAAGGGAAUAGCUGUUCCCUGCAGUAAAUGCACCACAAAGCUUUACUGUGUGCCUUGCAUUAUAAGAUGGUACCCUAACAUGACAGAGGUGAUGUUGUACGAUUGUUGUCCUGUUUGCAGUGACAAUUGCAACUGUAACUCUUGCUUGCGUGAUGUGCACCCUAAAGUCAAACUGAAGAUUGAUUUUAAACCUGAUCAUGAUCAGAGAGUUCGAUAUUCUUUAUAUAUCCUACAUGUGCUUUUUCCUUUUUUGACGCGUCUCAAGGAGGAACACAUAAAGGAGAAAGCAAUAGAGUCUAAGAUUCAAGAGUGA